AUGGACUUCACUCCAGAGCCUUAUGAGGAAGCCGUUUCCUCCUCGUGGUUGAUAUGCAACACUUGCGGCACGCAAUUCCCGACUGCCGACCGCACCGCUGUCAAGACGUGCUAUGUCUGUGAUGAUCCUCGCCAGUAUGUCCCUCCUACGGGUCAAUCCUUCACCACCAUGGCCGAUAUUCGCGCCUCGGGACAUGUCAAUGAGUUUGAACCCUACAAGUAUGACGAUCGAGUUACUUCCAUUCACACGGUGCCGCGCUUUGCAAUUGGGCAGCGGGCCAUCUUGAUCCGCACUCCGCAAGGCAACAUCCUCUGGGACUGUAUCUCGUAUCUAGAUGCAGAGACGAUUGAUAAGAUCAAGAAGCUCGGGGGACUCAGGGCUAUUGUUAUCAGCCACCCUCACUUCUAUAGCACGCAUAUCCAGUGGGCGAGAGCGUUCCAGUGUCCCGUGUAUACCUCAGCCGAAGAUCUGCGCUGGACGACUACACCGUCAGCUCACCGCAAACCCCUCACCGAGAUUGAGACGGACAUUCUACCUAGAGUCAAGGCCAUCAAACUGGGCGGACAUUUUCCAGGGUCCAUGGUGCUGCUAUUUGACGGGCGGCUCUUCACUGCAGACACGCUGAUGGCGACACCGGCAGGUAUCGGGAAGUGGGAAGUAGACGCCCUAGGAGAGAAGCGCGAGAAGCCGCCUGGGUUGAAUUCAUUUUCAUUCCUAUGGAGUUUCCCGAAUAGCAUCCCUCUGCCCGCGGACGAGAUACACAGAAUGUGGGGCAUCCUGAAGGCAUACGAGUUCAGGUCAACGCAUGGCAUCUUGGUAGGGAUGGAUAUCGAGGAUGAUCAGGUCAAGUCAAGGGUGCUAGAUAGCAUGAAGAUCCAGACAAGGGCCAUGGGCAAUGUAACGCACGCACUGCUGGAUGAGACGCUGUGA